AUGGCUUCCAAGGAGGGAGAAGCUCUGAUGAUGCUGGCUGACCAUUUCACUACAAGUGGAGCCUACCUCCAGGUGCUGAUAGGGCUGCACAGGGCACAGCUGCUGGCCUCUUCUGGCAAGCGGGCCGAGGCGCUGCAGCUUCUGGACGGCUGCGCCGGGCAGCUGGCGGGUAGCCAGGAGGCAACGCCGCGUGCCGGGCACCUGCGCCUGCACUACGCGCUGCUGCGCACACUGUGCCAGCUGGCCGCUGGCGAGACAGGCCUCCUCCAGCAGGCUGAUGGUGACACGAUAUCAGUCAUCGCUGAGCUGGAAGCGUUCAUGGAGGACGUCACGCCAGAUCAGGUUUGGAGCUACGAGUGGCUGCCGGUUAGGGUGGUCUGUUCGGCGGCGUGCCUUGCCUGCGCAUGCGUGCUCCGACCUGGCGGCAAGCUGAAGGAUGCCAUGCAGUUCCUGGACCGGGGCCAGCGCCUCAUUACGGAUGAACUGGCUGCACAGCGAGUUGAUCUGGAGGCAGGACAGGCCUCCAUAGCAUCAGUGGCAAGGGAACCCAUCAGCGCAGCGCUGAAGGUGCAAUUCCUGCUGGGUGAGUCAGCGGUGCUGACACAGCUUACACAGUCGAACAUCGCUGGCGCGCAGAAGCAGAUCCUGCAGCUGGUGAAGCUGCUCGGAAGCUUCCCCGGCCUCCUGCAGCCCCUCGUGCCCUGCAUGCACAUGCUCGCAGGCCAUUAUGCGCAUGCACUGGAGCACUUUCAGGCGGCGGCAGCGCAUUUUUCUGCCGCAGCCACCGGCGGAAAGACUGACCGCGCUGGCUGCAGCCGCGACCUGGCAGGGGUGAAUGAGGCGCUGGCCGUGCUGUGCGAACGCGGGCCGGGGUGUGUCGCGCGCGCGACAGAGAUCCUGAAGCGGCAUGCGCUGUACGACAGCAUUUCGUCCGGGUUGCCCGCACAUGAGAGGGCAGCGGGGCUGCUGGUGUCGGGUCAGGUGCUGCUGGCCCAGGGGGACGAGCACGGCGGCCGCCUGCGCCUCAGCAAGGCCCUCAAGAUGGCCCACAAUCGCCUCUCCAACCACUCCCUCGUCUCCCAGGUGCUCAACUCGCUGGCACCGGCGCAGCUGGCCACGUCAGAUGCAGUGGGCGCGGAGAGCAUGCUCAAGUCCUCCUUCACGCUCGCCAAGAACCUGCACGACCUGUCCUCCCAGGUGCAGUCACUGGCCGAGCUGCAGAAGCUGCAUGAAGCUACCGGCGCUGCCGAGGCUGUGGAGGACAGCACGGCCUACCUCAUGCGCAAGCAGCAGGACCUGAUGCGCACCCAGGAGGCCGCUCUUGCAUCGGCGCCUGAGCAUGCAGCCAUCCUCAAUUGGGGCAAUAGGCGCACUGAUGAUCCCAAUGAAGAGGACAGGUCUUCUAGCUACUCCAUAAAAAUUGAUAAAACACCCCAAACCGAACAGCCGGGCCCUUCCAAAGCAUACGACUGGAAGACCACAACCUACAGAACAAAGCCCAGGGAACGUGAGCAGCCGGCAAAUAAGGUGAUUGCUGCAGAGGCGGCCCAGAGCAUCUUGCAAACUAUCCGGGAUGCCCAGGAGGUGUCAAAGGCAGCAGAGGUGCUACUACUGCUGGGGGACAAGGGGGUGUGCGAUGAAAAAACACUCAAAAUGCUCCAGGCGCUGACACAGACGCGCGGGGGCGUUCCCUCGGCCGGCGCCCCUGUGCUGAAAAGGGUGGUCGACUCGAUGGCGCAGGACCAGGCUGUCGUCCAAAUCAGGCGCUGCUUGGACGCCCUUCAUGCUCCAGAGUGA